UGCAAUCACAUAAAAGCGCUGCAGGCGCUUCCGUCAUUCCCGGAUCCGGAGCACCACCCAAGCAGUGAGCAGCGGCAAAGCAGCCCGCACAACUCUUCUUCCUUGUCUGUAUGUGGGGAAGCUAAGCCUCUCAGAGAAGUCACGACUGCCUUCACCAUGGAACAGCUGAGUGUGGCCAACACCUGGUUUGCAGUGGACCUUUUCCGCACCCUGAAUGAGGCCAAUCCUACUGGAAACAUCUUCAUCUCUCCCAUAAGCAUUUCAUCAGCUCUGGCCAUGAUCCUUCUGGGGGCUAGAGGCACUACUGCAGCACAGAUGUCCAAGACUCUUCAUUUUGAUGCAGUCGAGGAUAUUCAUUCAAGAUUUCAGAGUCUGAAUGCUGAUAUCAAUAAGCAUGGAGCUCCCUAUAUUCUGAAACUUGCUAAUAGGUUAUACGGCGAGAAAACCUGUAAUUUCCUCUCUGAGUUCUUAGCUUCAACUCAGAAAAUGUAUGGUGCUGAAUUGGCCAGUGUGGAUUUUCAGCGUGCCUCUGAAGAUGCAAGAAAGGUGAUAAAUGAGUGGGUCAAAGGGCAGACAGAAGGGAAAAUUCCAGAAUUGUUGGCUGUAGGUGUGGUCGAUAAUAUGACUAAACUUGUGCUAGUUAAUGCCAUCUAUUUCAAAGGAAACUGGCAGAAGAAAUUCAGUAAACAGGCCACGACCAAUGUACCUUUCAGACUGAAUAAGAAAGACACAAAAACAGUGAAAAUGAUGUAUCAGAAGGAUAAAUUUCCAUAUGGCUACAUCGAGGACCUUAAGUGUCGUAUGUUGGAACUGCCUUACCAAGGCAAGGAGCUCAGCAUGGUUAUCCUGCUGCCAGAUGACAUUGAGGAUGAGUCCACAGGUCUGAAGAAGAUCGAGGAACAAUUGACUUUGGAAAAACUGCAUGAGUGGACCAAACCUGAGAAUCUGCAUAGCACUGAAGUCAAUGUUCACUUGCCCAAGUUCAAGCUGGAGGAGAGCUACAACCUCAACUCACACCUAGCCUGCCUGGGUAUAGAGGAUCUCUUUAAUAACAGGGCUGAUCUGUCUGGCAUGUCAGGAACCAGUGAUCUUUUUAUUUCAAAAAUCAUCCACAAGUCUUUUGUGGAAGUAAAUGAGGAGGGCACAGAGGCAGCAGCUGCUACAGCAGCCAUCGUUGCCUUCUGCGCACUUACGUUUGAGGAAAGUUUUGUGGCCGACCAUCCAUUCAUUUUCUUAAUUCGACACAAUCCCUCAACUAACAUCCUGUUCUUAGGUAGACUUUCUUCCCCUUAGAGACUGGAAAUACAAGGCCAAACUCAGAGCUUUAUUACCUGCAUUUGCAGUACUAAUAGUUUUCAUGUUUCUUUAGCAAUAAAACUACCAUCCCAAAACAGACCUUUAAUUUCCUUUGUAAGGUCAGCUCUGUAAUGUCACUGCAUUUUGUAAUUCAGCUCUGUUGGCUGUUCAUACCCAUUAACUUUGAUACGGGUUUCUAUUUUCUAUUUUUAUAUUGAAAAUUUUUAGUGAUUGCUAUUAAUGCAUCAAUCAGAUGUGCAAAAUCUUGACAAUGUAGUAAUCUAUGAGAUUGCUAUACUUUCUUGAUAGCCAUAGGAAAAAUUAUAAUACUGUAAUUUAUUUCACAGAUAGAUUUCUGGAAGUCAAAAGAGAAAUACUCUGAUUGUCAAAGGGAGGCUUAAAAACAGAUAUUAAAUUGAAUAUAGGAGAGCAGCCCCAUUAAAGUUUGGGUUAUAAAAAUAACGCUUGCCUUGGCCAGCGUUUCUGACCAUUCAUUCUAUGAGAUUAGUAUUCUAUUACAAUCCUCCAGUUUUUAAACUAUUAAAGAUAUGCCUGGUGAUAAUUUGGCCUUCCCUUUUUAUUGUCCUUUAUCUUCCCUGAUAUAAUUUUUGUGGGAUCACAAGGAGUUGAGAAGCAGGUGUCUUAUAAACAAUGCCAAGAAACUGCAAAAAGAAAAAUGUAGUAGGAAAGACUGUCAAGCAAAGAGGGGUUGCAAAGGUUUCACUGUCAGCUGGAUUCUUGUGUUUUCUUAUAAAGGCUCUUGACUUUCAUCUUCCAAUACAGAUAGUUACAGCAAUGGGAUGGCUUAAUGCAAUGCUGAAUGGGGGACAGAAGCCUCUUUGAUUAAUAUAAACCUUUGUCAAAUGUACUCCUUAGAAUAGGGCUUGAAACACUGCACUUCCUAACUCCUACAAAGCUGGUGGACUGGCUAAUAAUGUUUCCUGAGAUUCCUCUUAGCCAGACUGAUCUCAGCCCUCUUCUUGUUUUCACCCAAUUUCGGAAGUGACAGGACUAUAAAAUGGUGUUCUUGGACUGACAGUACUGACAUCCCUGAUGAUAGUGCCUCCACUGAAAAAAAAUUUUUAGCAAAUCUUCCUUGCAUUCCUUUUUUUCCCUUAAAAUACUAGCAUCUACUAUAUUCUAGAUUCCCUUAGCUAUAGGAAAGCAAGAAAAACAAUAGUCACUGCAUUCUGUAAUUCUUCUCUUUGGGCUUUUUAUCCUAAAAUCUAGUUGGUGAUCUAGAGUAAAUUGUGCUAAUCGAGUAGACUUGGUUAAUCAAGUUGAACUUCAGGGUCCCAAGCAACUCUAGUUAAAUCCUUCUUUUUAUAUAUGAAGGAACAGGCCUAUGGACUGUAAAUAAAUCGUUGAAAGUUAAAACAACUAGUAAAUUCCAGAGCAGAAACUAGAAUCCAAUUCAUAUUUUAUGUGGAGAACUUGUAAUGGUGAACUAGGUAACUCAGACCUCUUAACAACUAAAAGACCAAAACAACUAAGCACUGGCCCAAAGUCAAGGGAGAGCUGAUAUGAUCAUGAAGAAUUACUAAGCAAUCUGGGAUAAACUGGUGAAUAUGGAAAAUGGGAUCACUUUUGCUCCAGGGAUGUUUUCUAAUCCAAAAGAAGUAAGUGAGAAGUGAAGCAAGGAUUUUGAUGAUGUUCAAGGACAGGGAAGCAAAGUUUGGACCUGUCAAUAGUGGAAUUCCUAUUAUAACUCAUGUGCUUUUAUUUGGCACCAUAAGAGCUAUACCCCCAUGAUUAUGAGUGAAGCAGCUCAGAACACAGCCCUAAAGUAAGUCAUUGGACAGCCCCCAAAAUUCCAAUUCUUGGUAUUGGGUUAUAAUUGUUCUGGUUUGCUACUGCCCAGAGCCACAUGGCAGAAGGAAAUAAAAAUCAUCUCUGGGGACAGAUUACUCCUAAACCUCAAAUUAUUUUUAUAGCCUGCUUUUUAAAAUACAAUAUCCAGCACAUAAUCAAAGAUAAUUGGAUCAGUGAGGAGCCAUGGCAACAUAAAACAAGCGCACACACACACGAAGAAUGCAAACAAGUGCAGUGCUGCAAAUAUUGGAACAGUGAUAAAAGUCAAGACUAAGCAUUUCAGAAAAUAACUAGAAAUUUAGAAGAGGCACUGCAUAUCUGGAUAAAAAUGAAAUAGAAACCCUACAACUCAAUAUACAAAGAACAAAAUAGAUAAGACUUAUCAACAAAUCAGAGAUAGAAGAAAAGUGAGUUGUCAAAUCAGAAGAAAUAAUUUCUUUCAGAAAGACAGCUAUAAGAAGUAAGCCCAGAGAGAGAAAAGGGGAGAAGAUAUAAAAGAAAGGGUAAACAACUGAAAACAGUAAGAAAAUGCUUAAUAGGACAAGAGAAGAUGAGACAGUAUGAGGCAGAAUAAUAUUUAAAGAUCUAACUUUUAAAAUGUGUAUUCUAAAACUAAUGUAAACAUCAAUUCACAGAUUUCAGAAACCCUAUUCAACCCCCAAAUAGAAUACCACAAGGAAAUCCAUCUCUAGUCACAUUUUAGUAAAACUGUAGAAGUCCAGAGACUAUAAGAAAGGAUCAUAAAAGAAAUAAGAUAAAAAUGUAAUAAAAAGGUGAAGUACCCUCAGGGGAGCAGCAGUUUGAGGGACAACACAUAAAUCAACAGAAAUUAUGGAGCCAGAGAUUGUAGACUGAUUCCUUAACAUGCUGAGAAAAACAACACCAAAAGCCCUGCCAACCCAGAAUUACUCUACACCCAGGAAAAACAUUCCUCAAGGUAUUUUCAGGCAAACAAAGGCUCAGAGAGUUUAUUAUCAGCAGACUUCAAAAAAUUCUAGAGAAUAUUCUUUAUGUAAAAGGAACAUCAAAGUUGUAAAAAAGGAACAAAGAGCAAGAAAACUUAGGAAUAUGAUAAAUUAAAAUAAAUUUUGACCAUAGAAAAUGAAGGUAAAAUUUCUAAAGUCCUUGCAUUUUCUGGGAAGAGAAUGAAAGUACAAUCACUGUCAUGUGCUGCAUAAUAGCAUUUUGGUCAACAAAAGACUACAUCUACCUUGGUGGUCCCAUAAAUCAGAAUGGAGCUGAAAAAUUCCUAUUGUCUGGUGAUAUCAGAGCCAUCAUAAUGUUGUAGUGCAAAAUUUUACUCAUGUGUUUGAUGAUGCUGGUGUAAACAAACCUGCUGUGCUGCCAGUUACAUAAAAGUAUAGCAGAUACAAUUAUGUAGAGUACAUAAUACUUGAAAAUGAUAAUAAAUGACUAUGUCACUGAUUUAUGUAGUUACUAUAAUGUAAGUUUUAAUAAUUAUUUUACAGGGUAAUUUUUCUACUUAUAAAAAACCAGUGUGCUGUAAAACAGUAUGAAAUGUUACAAUGGCUGCAGCCUCAUGUAUCUUGUGUUUACUGUCUCCCGACUGCAUCAUUUUCUCUUGUGCUUGACUUAAUGUCAUGUUGUUUUUACAGUAACAUGCCAUAGAGAGUUUUUGCAUAGGAACAGUAGACUGCACCAUAUAACUUAGGUCUAUGGCAAACUUACUAUCCAGGUUUGUGUAAGUACGCUUUAUGGUGUUUGCACUACAAUAAACUCACUUAACAGUGCUUUUAUUAAAAUGUAUCCAGAAGUGGCAUAUAUCUGUGCAAUUAUAUUAGAUUCUGAUAAGUCAAUACAUUUUGUACUCUCUAAGGUAACCAAAAGAAGAAUAGUAAAAGGGUCCAUAACUUCCAAAAUAAACCAAAGAGAAAAAAGGAAAAAUGAAAAAUACAUAAUCAAUCCAAAAUAGGGAAAGAAAAAGAGAGGAAAAGAGACACUAAACAGAAAUGACAAAUAGCAAGGAAUCAUACUAAACUCCAAAUAUUUAAAUAAUUAUUUCAAAUGUAAGUUGACUAAAUAUUCCAGUUAAAAGACAAAAAUGGUUAGACUAGAUUUUAAAAUACUAUAUGCUAAAAACAUACUGUAUGUUGUCAUAGGAAACAUAUUUCUAACAUAAAUAUGAAAUUUGAGAGAAAAAAGAAUAGAAAAGACAUGUGAGGCAAACACUGACCAUAAAAGUAGAUGCAGCUAUAUUAGGCAAAAUAGGUUUUCCUAUUCUAGUAGUAAAGACAGACACCUCAUAAUGAUAAAAAGAUUCAGAUCAUUAGGAAAAUAUGACAGUUCUAAAUUUGUGUGUACCCAAUAAUGAGUACUCAAAAUGAAACAAUAAAAAUUUUUUUAAUUAGAGAAGAAAUUGGUUGGUAAUUUGAUAAGAUAAGGAUGUGUAUUGCAAUUACUUAAUCAGAACUUAGUGAAGAUCUUAGCUGAUACAGUAACUAAAGAAUAAUAAAAUAUAUAAUAAUGUGAAAAUAAGAGCAAAUAUAAUAUUUCAGAUAAUUAUUUUCAUCUAAAGUCUAAAUUAUUAGAAUUUAAAAAUAAGUAAGGUGUUACUGGUUACAAGUACAAUUUACACAGUUAAUUUGUAUUUUUAUGUGAUAUAAAGUCUUUUUAAAUGUUUGAAAAAGGAUUUAUAAUAAUGUCCAAAAAAUGUUCAAAUGUCUAGGAAUAAGUCCAACAAGAGAUGUUGAACACUUCUAUACAGAAAACUAUAAAAGUUAUUGAGAAAAAAAUAAAGAAGAUGUAAAUAAAUGGAGAGCUA